GAGUUGCAGCCCACAAAAUACUUUGUAGUGGUUCCUGGACUGUCAAAUCUAGUGGCAGCCAUUGUUUGGUGGAGAGGCUGAGUAAACGUGUAGGAAUUCGAUGGACUCCCAGUUAAAUCAGAACGACAAACAUUGAACAAUUCGACAUAGAAAAUAUAGACCGUAACGCACACGUCUUUUAAUAUUGGAGUGAGAGACGGAGUCGGAAUAAGGUUUUGAGGAUCCAACAGACACCCUUCAAAAGUAUACGAAUGACAACAUAACUAGAAGUGUGUUUUUAUUUUUGUCUCACAACGAUUUGGUACGAUGACCAGUGCCGUGCAACCAACCCACACUAUAGACGCUAUACUAGGCUUGAGAAAUGACAGCUGUAAGAGUGAAACUGAGGACACCCUAGUAAAAAGCCAAGAUUUCUUGGGCCGAGGGGAAGAUGCAGACAGACCACAACAAUAUCACAGCGAAGAAAGGAAAGAACGAUUGACUUCUCAUAUGAUCGAAAUUGACGGAAAGAAGACUGCAAGUCAAACUACGACGACGACGAGCUACAGUUCCGACCAAGACGAAGAAGGAACAGACUCAGAUAAGGAAGACGCGUUCUCUGAUGAACAACCCAAGAAAAAGCACAGGCGUAACCGAACAACAUUUACCACAUACCAGUUACAUGAACUAGAGCGAGCGUUCGAGAAGUCCCACUAUCCCGACGUCUACAGCCGAGAGGAAUUGGCUCUGAAAGUCAACCUACCGGAGGUCAGGGUGCAGGUAUGGUUUCAAAAUCGCCGAGCAAAAUGGAGGCGGCAAGAAAAGAUGGACAGCUGUGUAAUGGGAGAAAACUAUCCAAUGAACAACAUGCCAAAUCGUAGCCCCGGUUCUUGUGCUACAAGUCUCUCGACGUCAAUGCCUUUGGAUUCGUGGCUUUCAUCUCCGUUGGCCGGCACAACGGCUCUUCACGCACUGCCGGGUUUCUUGCCCCCCUCCUUCGCUGCCUAUCACCCGUUCUAUCCACAAGGCAUAUUAGCAAGCGCUGCUCUCAUGGGCCAUAUUCCAAAAGUAAAACACACUCCACAAGCCUCAUCCAUACCAAGUGAAGACAAAUGUGCAUCGCCAGGUCCCGAGAGCCCCACUAUGUCAGGUGAUUUAAAGAGCACGAGUAUCGCAGCUUUGAGGUUGAAAGCGAGAGAGCACAUGGAAAUAUUGGGUAAAAAUAUAUCUUGCUGAGAGCAUAUAACAAAAUCAAAAUUUGCUCCAACCAGGACUUUGAUGGUGCAGCAAUAUCAAUCACUUGUAUUGAUUUUAUACUUUGAAUCUACAAAGCUUGUCAAAUAUAAUAACAUAAUGCUCGACACGCGGGAUGGUCGAUUAAUUCCCGUGCAUUCAUGAAAUCUUGCCACAAUUUAGUUGUCAUUGAAAUGAUGGUUUCGCAAUCGCAGUGAAUUAUUGUAUCUAAUCAAAGCAUAGUUAGAUUAAUUUGGCUGGAAGACGCCUUGCAUAUCUUAGUUGACGCACGUAGUGGUUGUUUUCAAUUAUAUAGAACUUAUUUAUAUGAAUAUAUUUGCCGCCGUUUUUGUGCAAUAUUGUUGCUUUUUCGUUAUGUAUAUUUUAUGCAUUUUCGUGACCAAUAUAAUGAUUCUUUGUUUUGUUUCGUGAGUAAUUCAGACAAUGGCUGGCUUUAAGCAAGUCUAUAAUAUCCAUUUUUGAAAAUCAGUAUAUUUUGAUAAAUACUUGACGAUAUCGUUUUGGUAGAAAUGUCAACAUAUUAACAACGUCAUUAAAAGUUUUUUCUUCAAAUCUGCACAAGUGAAAAAAAAACAUUUGUCCCCACUAAAAGUUUGCUACUCCUCUUGCCAGUUUCUUUAUAUAUAUAAAUGUACUCGUUUAUUGUUGUACUGUAAGGAUAAGAAAUGUUUUAGAUAUAGAUAUAGUUCUAUGAACAUUCGGGUAUAAAUGAAAUACAUUUUUGAAUUGUUUCUAUCGUGUUAAAACGGCAGACACAACCGUUUUUUUUAGUAUUUUUCACCCAAGGUCAUUGCAUGUGGUCAUAGAUUAUAGAGUUUUGUGAAUUAAGACAGAGGGGUUUAUGGUUCUCAAAUGGUCCCGUUAGGAGUCCUGAUUAAAAGGUGCUAAAUGUAAGGCAAGAGGUCUAGAUUUUAAUUAGGACAUGCGAAAAGCUAAUCUCUUCAUUGUUAAUUAAGUUAGAUUACUUAUGGAAUCGAUAUUAAGGUGUGAUGCUAUCGCGGCUCUGAUUACCACUGGGGAAAAUGUCAAUCAACUAAUUUGUUAAUUCAGGGUAAGCAUUUCUUAAUGGUCAGCCAAAUUGCAGAUUUAGAUUUAUUAUACUUAAUAGAAAAAAUGCAUAUUAAAUCUAACGGCCGAUUUGUAGACUGUUGGCAACACCGUUCAGAAACUGAAACAACUUGCACGUUUAUUAGAACAUACAGUAUGAUUCGACAGGGCUUCAAUUUCUGUUUUGUAGAUAUAUAUGAGUUUCUAUAAGCUAUCACACCUUGCACAGAAGACAAAGCGGAUUGAAGCUACCCAAAACUGAAUUUACACCUGAAAACCGCUGUAAGGAAUAUACAAAUAAAGAAUUAAAGAAUUGCAAGGACAAUCACUGUAACAGCCAGUAUGCUUUGCUAAAUAUUUUGUUCCAAUAAAAUA